AUGAAACCACCAAGCUUCCUACAACUCGAAUUCGGGCGGAUCAACAAGGCUGGUAAGCAUAGCGUAGUGAGGGCUGCACAGCCAGCCCUCGUUGCCCCAACUGCACCUACAAUGCCUUCUGGCAGCGGAGUACACGCGAGCUUGUUUCUGUCAAUGGCUCACAGGAACUGGGCUCUGCCACGAACCGACUCUGUAUUCAUAAGCUCCCUUCCACGCUCCUCGAUCGAAGAAUGCUUGCACCUUGUUCGUUCCGCACAGCAAAUAUGGAAAAGACUAUUCUCGCAACACAUCACCCUGCCCGAAGCCGUCCUCGGCGUGGCCGUCGCCUUCGCAGCAUACUACAUUUUCAUCUCCUACGCAGCAGCACAGAAACGAUUUCUGCGUCAGCAGAUCUGGGCAAAAGACAAGAGCAGCGGCUGGCAAGACUUUAUUCCAUUCUCAAAAGUGUUCGCAAGCACCAAAGAUUAA